AACUACAGGACACUGACACGAUACGGUGGAGGUUUGGAGAAGAAGGCUCUGUCACACUUUUAGUUGAGAUGUCUGGAGGUAGGAUCACAAAUAAAAAAAUUGAUGAUGGGAGAUUCAAAGACAGACUGCAGAUAUUAGACAGUCAUACUGGAUCUCUCAUCAUCAAAAACAUUAAACACAAACACUCUGGACGAUAUGAAGCAGAAAUCAACCACGCCAUUGGAACAGCAUACAAGAGAUUCAGAGUUACUGUCAAAGAUUCUCCACGUGUUAUUGGUGCUGGCGCAGGUGAUGUGAAGUCAGUGUCAGUGAGUGAGGGAGAAUCUGUGACUCUACACACUGAUGUCCAAACACACAGAGAUGAUCUGAUACUGUGGAGGUUUGGAGAUGAAGGUCUUCUGAUAGCUAAACAUGAUAAAGAAGACAAUAAGAGCUCAAUAUAUGAUGAUGGGAGAUUCAGAGACAGACUGACGCUGGAUGAUCGGACCAGAUCUCUCAUCAUCACAAACACCAAAACCACAGACACUGGACUUUAUAAACUACAGAUCAGCAGCAACAGAGACACAAAAUACAAGACAUUCAGUGUUUCUGUCAGUGAACCAGAUCUAUCUGCAGGACAGGUAACAGGAAUAAUCUUUGGUGUCCUGAUGGUUAUUGCUGCUGUUGGUGUUGUGAUUGUGUAUCGCUGCAUUAAAUAUGAACUACAGAAACAAAAGGUUGAAGUGAUGACGGUGAUUGAGGGAUAUUCUGUCGCUCUAGAGUCUGAUGUCACUGAACUCCAGUCUGAUGAUGUCAUCCAGUUGAGCUUUAGAGAUGAAGUGAUAGCCGCAUACAAUAAGAACAACAAGAUCUCUAGUGUUGUGAGAUUCAGAGACAGACUGAAGGUGGAUGAUCAGACCGGAUCUCUCAUCAUCAGAGACAUCAGAACAGAAGACGCUGGACUGUAUAAAGUAAAGAUAAGCAGCAGCAGUGGAGAGAAAUCAUUCCUUCAGUUCAUCACCUGUGGAGGACCAUCAUACUCUCAACUCAGUGUUAUUGUCAAAGUGAUCGCUUAUGAGGGAGAAUCUGUCACUCUACACUCAGACAGUGAAAUACAGAGAGUUAGUGAGAUCAAGUGGAUCUCUGAAGAUAACAUCAUUCUGGUCACUGGAAAGAUUGGAGUCGUCAUAGAGACCAAAUGUACAGAUGAUGAGAGAUUCAGAGCCAGACUGAAGAUGAAUCAUCAGACUGGAGAUCUCACCAUCACAAAGAUCAGAAAGACAGAUGAUGGAGUUUAUAAACUACAGCAGAUCAGCAGUGAUGGAAAGAUCUCAUACAAGAUGAUCAAUGUUUUUGUCAACGACGGCCCCUCUGCAGAUCAGAAGCAGAACUCAGUGAGGAAAUAUGAGAAUGAUUCUGUCACUCUGAACACUGGUGUUACUGAACUACAGUCAGAUGAUGUGAUCCAGUGGAGGUUUGGAGAGACUCUCAUCGCUGAAAUCAAUAGAAAGAACAAGUUCACUACAGAUGAUGAGACAUUCAAAGACCGACUGAAGCUGAAUGAUAAGACUGGAGAUCUCAUCAUCAGAGAUCUUGACAUUGAACACACUGGACUCUAUAAACUGAAGAUCAUCAACAGUAGAGGAGCAUCAUGCUGUCAGAUUGAAGUUGAUGUUGAGGAGAGGAUCAGAUCUGUGAAGUCUGGAGGUUCUGUUACUCUAUACACUGAUGUUACUGGAAUACAGACUGAUGAUGAGAUUCAGUGGAGAUUUGGAGAUGAAGAAACUCUCAUAGCUGAAGUGACUGUAGGGGCUAAACCCUCAUAUGACUCGACUGAUGAGAGAUUCACUGACAGACUGAAGAUGAACAUAAAGACUGGACAUCUCACCAUCACACACAUCACAGCUGAACUCUCUGGAGUUUAUAGAGCAAAGAUCAGCAGCAGGAGAAGAGAGACAGAAUACAGAAGAUACAGGGUUGACAUCCGUGUGAUCGCUGACAGAGGAGAAUCUGUCACUCUAAACACUGAGAGUAAAAUACAGCGAGGAAGUGAGAUCAAGUGGAUCUCUGAAGAUAAAACCAUUCUGGUCACUGGAAAGAAUGGAGACGACAGAGAGACCAAAUGUACAGAUGAUGAGAGAUUCAGAGACAGACUGAAGAUGAAUCAUCAGACUGGAGAUCUCACCAUCACAGACAUCAGACAGACAGAUGCUGGACUUUACACAUUACAGAUCAACAGUGAUGGAAAGAUCUCAAACAGAAUAUUCAGGGUUUAUGUCCGCGGUGAGUAACUCAAGAUAUCUGAUAUAAUAAUUCACUUCAUCUGAUAUCAGCAUUCUCUAUAAACCAGGGCUAUUCAAUUAGUUUGUCAUGGGGGCCAGUUCAUGAAAAGCAUCCCAAAUGAGUGGCCGGAGAGAUACGGCUUUGAAUAUGAGGGAUGACACAACACAAUUUUUUCCCAAAUUAUUUUAUUUUUGUUUAAAUUUUUCUGGAUUCUGUGUUUUCUGUCCUUUACUAUACAGUAUAUUUGCCCACAUGAAAAAAUACUACAGUAUACUACAAUAUUCACUUAUAAACUAUAUUAAAAACCCUGCAGUAGAUACGUUGAACCAUACAGGGAAAAA